GCCUACCCAUUAUACAUAAGUCUCCUUUCUCUCCCACUCCGCCCGCCCCCUUGUCUCCGUCUGCUUCCACCAUGCCUGACCCCUUCCUUCUCCUCCGUCUCUCUGCUAUUUCUCUGCUUUUCCUCACCAGUCUCGUCGAUUCUUUAACUCUGUCUUCCGACAUCGCCGCCCUCAAAGCCUUCAAAGCCUCGAUCAACCCCGCCACGAUCCAACCCUUCGCCUGCCUCGGCUCCUGGAAUUUCAGCACCGACCCAUGCGCCAAUCCUCGUCGCGUCCACUUCACCUGCGGCGUCAACUGCGACGACACCCCGGCCGCAGGCCCCUCUCGGGUCACCCAGAUCACCCUCGACCCGGCCGGCUACUCUGGCACACUCUCGCCGGAAGUCGGAAAACUCACCCGACUCACCGUCCUCGACCUCUCCAACAACUACUUCUUCGGUCCAAUUCCGUCUUCUCUCUCCUCUCUCUCCAACCUCCAAACCCUCGUCCUCCAUUCCAAUUCCUUCUCCGGCGCAGUCCCCGCCUCCCUCUGCAACCUCAAAUCUCUGCAGUCUCUCGACCUCUCUCGUAAUUCUCUCUCCGGGCCGCUGCCGAGGUAUCUGAGUUCACUCAUUGGGUUGCGGAGACUCGACCUGAGUUUCAACAGACUCACAGGCUCGCUCCCCAGGCUUCCCCCCAACUUGCUCGAGCUGGCUCUCAAGGCCAAUUCCCUGUCCGGGUCUCUCUAUAAAUCGUCCUUCGACGGGUUGACUCAGCUCGAGGUCGUCGAACUCAGCGACAACUCGCUCUCCGGGACAGUCGAAGGAUGGUUCUUCCUCCUUCAGUCGCUGCAACAAGUCGACUUAGCCAACAACACGUUGGCGCGAGUAGAGAUCUGGAGCCCCGGAAAAUUCAACGGCGAUCUCGUCGCUGUCGAUCUGGGUUUCAACAGAAUCGAAGGCAACAUUCCGGCGAAUUUCUCCGCUUAUCCGUCGCUGUCGUCUCUCUCGCUGCGCUACAACCGGUUGCGUGGGCCCAUCCCGUGGGAGUUCGGCAAGAAGGAGUCGCUGAAGAGGCUGUUUCUGGACGGGAAUUACCUGAACGGGACGCCUCCACAGGGGUUAUUCUCCAGCGAGACGUCGGUUUCCGGCAGUUUGGGGGACAAUUGCCUGCAGAGUUGCCCGGUUUCUUCGCAACUUUGCUUAAAAUCACAGAAACCUCUGUCCAUCUGCCGGCAAGCCUACGGUGGAAAACCAAGGUCUUAGUGUCAGUCAAACUUUUGCGUCUAUUUUUUUAAUAUUAUUUUCCACAUUGUAAUAACAUAAUAAAUGUGAAAUUGUAUCAUAUGGUUUUCACGUCAAGCUUAUUAUGAAAUUUAAAUUUUUAAUAAAUUUCUGGAAA